GUAGCGAUCGUCAAAAAGAUAAAAACGGUCGGAAAAGUGGAGAGACAGCGAACAAUAGCGGUUUCUUUACUAACUUAUGGCACUUGUUCGUCCAUUACGAUUACUUCUCCUAGGAGCACCAGGCUCAGGUAAGGGUACAUUAACUUCAAGACUCUUAAAGCAAUUUCCUACUAUUUCUUCACUUUCAUCUGGGGACAUAUUAAGAUCACAAUUGUCUAGUGGAACUACAUUAAGUCAUGAAAUUUCAAGUUAUAUAAAAGAAGGUAAACUUUUACCUGAUAAACUCAUGGUUCGGUUAAUUGGAGGUGAGCUUGAUAAAAGAAAUUGGUUAAAUAAACAAUCUACAUGGUUAUUGGACGGUUUUCCUAGAACAGUGGGUCAAGCUCGCUCCUUAGAUCAAGUACUUAAACCUAAUGAAGCUAGUAUUAACAUGGUAGUGGAACUUGAUGUAGAUCAGAAAGUUAUUAUUGAUAGAAUUGAAGCUCGUUGGGUUCAUGUAAAUAGUGGAAGAGUUUAUAAUCUUGACUAUAAUCCACCUAAAGUUCCAUUUAAAGAUGAUAUUACAGGUGAACCAUUAACUAAGAGAGACGACGAUACUGCUGAGGUGGUAUCUAAAAGAUUAGAUCUUUAUAAUAAAGAGUUACAACCUCUCAAACAAUUCUACCAAGAGCUUAACGUAUUACACACUGUCUCUGGUAAUACUUCCGAUAUUGUAUAUCCUCAAUUAGCUCAAUUGGUAAUUGAUAACUAUUCCCAUAUAAAUAAUUAGAUAUAGAUAAAUUAGAUUUAGAUAAAUUAGACCAUUGUAUAUACAGGAAAUUUUUAGUUUA